AUGGCCUGCUGUGGCGGAGGAAGUUGUGGCGGAUCUGGCGGAUACGGCGGAUACGGGGGCUAUGGCGGACACGGCAGUGGUGCUGGGGCCGGUAGUGGUGGCGUGCUGGUUGAUACCGGCAGAACGUCGGAUGUCCACGUCCAGCCAGGCGGCUGCUCUUUGACGGUUCCAGGACCACGUCUGGUCUGCCACUGCGACACUCGAGUGUCCUGCCACUGCGUGUGCGCUGAGGAAUGCUGUGCGGCCGCAUGCUGCGGGUCCGGAGGCUACAGUGGCUACGGUGGUGGAAGAGGUGGUGCCGGCAAUUACGGCCCCGGCAUGAGAGUCGAUAUGCGCUACCCCAGCUACGACGUGAUCCUCCCUGGGGCCUUCCUGUGCAGCACUGCCCAUUGCGGCCAUGUCGAUUGCUGUGAGUCAUGCUGCGAUCCCUGCUGUGGGCCCUGCUAA